UGGAUGGAUGAAGGGAUGGCCUGGUGGAUGGACAAAUGGACACAAACUCAAGCUCAUUUUGGCUGAAGCCGCUCCUCAAGAGCCCUACGGAUGCCGAUCUCCCUUUGGUUGCUUCUUCCUUUGGAUUUUGGGAGUUCCUGAAUCGCUCAUUGCAGCCCCUGUGGCUCCACAUCCCUCACAGGUGAAAGUCUCCUCCUCCACCCCAGACAAGGGGAUAUUUCUUUGUGGGGUCAACUGGGUUGAAAAAUAAUCCAAAAAAAGGCCCAACCCCCCCCAAAAGGCACCGCUGAGCUCCAUGGCUGGGGCUCCCUUGGCACCGGGAACGUCUCCCGACAUCCGGGCGGCAGCCGGAGCAUCUGUGCCUGAGGGCUCGGGGGUGGCGGUGGGGAGGGAGAGAGGAAAUCUGGAACCCAUAAGCUCCAGAGCCGCUGGCGCUCCCCUGCAUUGGUCUGCGCCUGGUCCGCCCCCGCCCCGCUCGCCCUAUCAGCAGGAGCCGUUCCCGAAGUCAUCCCAGCGCCCUCCUCUCCUGGCCCAAAGGAAAAGCCAAGGAGCUCCUUGGAAGGGCUCUGCGGGGCUUGGGGCGCCCGGGGAGCCCCGAGGGCGAAUGCUCCGGGCCGUGCCUCGGGAGCCACCGCCGGCUCCUCCGCAGCCCAGGGAGCCGAGGAGAUGAAGGAGGAAAACCUUUCCCCGGAGUCCCCCGAGGGCAGCGCGGCCACCAGCGAGGACGAGGCCGAGCGGCUGCCCAAGAAGAGCGGCCGCAAGCGCGGGCAGGGCCCCGGCGGAGCCCCCUCGCCGCAGGGCAAGCGCAGCCGGCGCAGCCCGGCCCCGCAGCCCCCCGAGGACGCCCACGCCCAGCGCGUCAUCGCCAACGUGCGCGAGCGCCAGCGCACCCAGUCCCUCAACGACGCCUUCGCGGAGCUGCGCAAGAUCAUCCCCACGCUGCCCUCGGACAAGCUCAGCAAGAUCCAGACGCUCAAGUUGGCCGCCCGCUACAUCGACUUCCUGUGCCAGGUGCUGCAGAGCGACGAGCUGGACCACAAGGUCGCCACCAGCUGCAACUUCCUGGCCCACGAGCGGCUCAGCUACGCCUUCUCCGUGUGGAGGAUGGAGGGCGCCUGGUCUAUGUCGGCGUCCCACUGAGCCGGGUCUCCGCCUCGGUGGAAGCGGCUCCAGCACCCGAAAAACCCCAGGAGCCUCCCCGGAGAGAGGAGGGAACGACCCCCAAAGCCCCUG